AUGAAGACCGAUUUCAAGUUCUCAAACUUGCUGGGCACAGUUUACUGCCAGGGCAAUCUGCUCUACAGCCCAGAUGGCACCCAUCUUUUUUCGCCAGUCGGCAACAGAGUGACUGUGUUCAAUCUGGUAGAGAAUAAAUCUUACACCCUCCCCUUCGCUCAUCGCAAAAACAUUGCUCGUAUCGGCCUUACACCCCGCGGCAACCUCCUCCUGUCCGUCGACGAAGAUGGCCACGCGAUUUUGACCAAUGUCCCUCGAAGGAUAUCCAUCUAUCAUUUCUCUUUCCGAUCUUCUGUCACAGCGCUCUCAUUUUCUCCUUCUGGUCGCCAUUUCGCCGUAGGACUUGGUCGCAAGAUCGAGGUCUGGCAUGUUCCUUCGACUCCUGAUGCAUCUGCCGAGGGCGAGCUCGAAUUCGCUCCUUUUGUUCGAUACCACACCCAUAAUACAGGUCACUUCGACACCGUUAGCCAUAUCGAGUGGUCAAGCGACUCGCGAUUCUUCCUCUCAGCUUCCAAGGAUCUCACGGCGCGGAUAUGGAGCUUGAACCCCGAAGAGGGCUUCACCCCAACAGUCCUUUCAGGCCACAAGCAAGCGGUUAUCGGCGCUUGGUUCUCUGAGAACCAGGAGACCAUCUACACUGUUAGCAAAGAUGGCGCGGUCUUCGAUUGGCAGUAUGUCAAGCCUAUUAACCACGUCGAAGACGAAGAUAAGAUGGAAGACGACGAUGACGACUCAGAUAUGCGAUGGCGCAUUGUUCAAAGGCACUACUUCAUGCAGGGAAGCUCUCAUGUGCGAUGUGCUGAUUUCCACCCGGAGACGAACCUUUUGGUUGCUGGUUUCUCCAAUGGUCUUUUCGGCUUGUACGAGAUGCCAGACUUCAACAUGAUUCACAAGCUGAGCAUUUCUCAAAACGAUAUCGACUUUGUGACUAUCAACAAGAGUGGCGAGUGGUUAGCAUUUGGUGCCUCAAAACUUGGUCAACUUCUCGUGUGGGAGUGGCAGUCUGAGUCUUAUAUCCUCAAGCAGCAAGGUCAUUUCGAUGCGAUGAACUCCCUUGUCUACUCUCCUGACGGCCAGCGCAUCAUCACCUGUGCCGACGACGGCAAAAUCAAGGUCUGGGAUAUUCAGUCUGGCUUCUGUAUUGUCACCUUUACCGAGCAUACGAGUGGCGUGACAGCCUGUGAGUUUGCGAAGAAGGGCAACGUGCUCUUUACAAGCAGUUUGGACGGAUCCAUUCGUGCUUGGGAUCUAAUCCGAUACCGAAACUUCCGCACAUUCACAGCACCUACAAGAUUGUCCUUCUCCUGUAUGGCGGUCGAUCCCAGUGGUGAGGUUGUUGCUGCUGGUUCGCUGGAUUCCUUCGACGUUCACAUCUGGUCCGUCCAGACAGGUCAACUUCUUGAUCAACUGUCCGGCCAUGAAGGUCCCGUCUCUUCCUUAGCAUUCACACCCAACGGUGACUCUCUUAUCAGUGGUUCUUGGGAUCGCACAGCCCGUAUCUGGUCUAUCUUCAACCGAACACAAACGAGUGAACCCCUCCAGCUUCAGGCCGAUGUUCUUGACAUUGCUGUCCGACCCGACUCACUUCAACUAGCUAUUUCGACACUGGACGGACAAUUGACCUUCUGGUCAGUAACAGACGCUGAGCAAACGUCUGGAGUUGAUGGCCGAAGAGAUGUCUCUGGUGGACGAAAGCUCACCGAUCGUCGAACCGCUGCAAACAUGGCUGGCACGAAGAGCUUCAACAGUAUCCGAUAUAGUACUGACGGCAGUUGCCUGUUGGCCGGUGGUAACAGUAAGUACAUCUGCCUGUACUCGGUUACCACCAUGGUGCUCCUGAAGAAGUUCACUGUCAGUGUGAACCUUUCUCUUUCUGGUACUCAAGAAUUCCUGAACAGCAAGCUCUUGACCGAAGCUGGCCCUGCUGGCGACCUUGAUGACCAGGAGGCGUCGGAUCGUGAAGAUCGUGUGGACACAUCGCUUCCAGGAUCAAAACGCGGAGAUCCUUCGGCGAGGAAGAAGGCACCUGAGGUGCGCGUGACUGGAAUUGGUUUCUCGCCCGCUGGUACUGCGUUCUGUGCUGCCUCGACAGAAGGUCUUCUGAUCUACAGUCUUGAUCAGGAUAUCCAGUUCGAUCCAUUCGACUUGAACAUGGAGAUCACCCCCGCCUCGACAUUGGCUGUUCUCGAGACGGAGCAAGACUACCUCAAGGCUCUGGUUAUGGCUUUCCGUCUUAACGAAUCAGGUCUUAUCAAGCGUGUCUUCCAAGCCGUACCCGCUCACGAAAUUCCUCUUGUUGUCGCCAACCUACCCACCAUCUACGUUUCUCGCCUCCUCCGAUUUGUCGCCGCUCAAACUGAGGAGUCACCACACAUCGAGUUCUGUCUUGUAUGGAUCAAGGCUAUCGUCGACAAGCACGGAGCUUGGCUCUCCGCCAACCGUGCUAAGGCUGAUAUUGAGUUGAGAGUUGUGGCACGAGCUGUGGCCAAGAUGCGGGAUGAGGUCAGGAGACUUGCUGAUGAGAACGUUUACAUGGUUGAUUAUUUGUUGGGUCAAGCGCAAGAAAAGUCUGAAAAGAAGGAUGUUAAGGCAUUGGAUAGUGGAAAAGAUGUGGAUGUGAAGCUUAUGGCUGUUGACGGAGAUGAGGAGUCUGAUGCAGGAUCUGAUGAAUGGAUUGGCUUAGAUUAG